CGGUUGCCUCCGAUUGAGGAAGGACUCGCCUCUUGCUUCUCCUCCCAUGGCCGGGCGCGGCGGGAACUUCCCCCUGGCCUCGCCGCCCGAGAGGCUGCCUUCCAUGGCGCUCUCGGCCUCAGCAGGCGUCCCUCUUCCCCCGGGGCCCGGAGGUGGUGUGCUUUUGCGAGGAGGGCCCAGCCCCGGGGCCACCCCAUUCCGGCCCAUGGCGCACGGAGUCCCCUUCCAAAGGCAGGCACUGCUGCCUGGUGGCAGGAUGCCCAUGGCAGCAUUACAAGUGGGAGCCCCCUCAGGGCCUCCAUAUGGAACAGUUUCUCCACUGAGACCUGGAAUGCCACCGUCCAUGAUGGAUCCAUUCCGAAAGCGGCUCCUUGUUCCACAGACCCAACCACCUUCAUCACUAACCCAAAGGCGAGGGUUCAAAAGGCGGAAGAUGGCAGACAAGGUCCUACCACAAAGAAUUCGUGAGCUGGUUCCAGAGUCUCAGGCCUACAUGGAUUUACUGGCCUUUGAACGCAAGCUGGACCAGACCAUUGCUCGCAAGAGGAUGGAGAUCCAGGAGGCAAUCAAGAAACCUUUGACACAAAAGCGGAAACUGCGGAUUUACAUUUCAAACACUUUUACACCUGCCAAGGAAGAAUCUGAAGGUGGUGAACGCAUCGCCUCGUGGGAGCUUCGUGUGGAAGGGAAGCUCUUGGAUGAUCCAAGCAAGCAGAAGAGGAAAUUCUCAUCCUUUUUUAAGAGCUUGGUCAUCGAGCUGGACAAGGAAUUGUAUGGUCCAGACAACCACCUGGUAGAGUGGCACAGAUUGCCCACAACCCAAGAAACAGAUGGGUUUCAAGUUAAGCGUCCAGGUGAUGUCAAUGUGAAAUGUACUUUGCUGCUCAUGCUGGAUCACCAGCCCCCACAGUACAAGCUGGACCCCCGCCUGGCUCGCCUGCUGGGAGUCCACACUCAGACUCGUGCCAGCAUCAUGCAGGCCUUGUGGCUCUACAUCAAACACAACAAGCUACAGGACAACCAUGAGAAAGAAUAUAUCAACUGCAAUCGCUACUUCCGCCAGAUCUUUAACUGCAUCCGGAUGCGAUUCUCUGAGAUCCCACUGAAGCUGGCAGGGCUCCUGCAGCAUCCAGAUCCCAUUGUGAUCAACCAUGUGAUCAGUGUGGAUCCUAAUGACCAGAAAAAGACAGCCUGCUAUGACAUUGAUGUGGAAGUGGAUGAUCCUUUGAAAGCCCAAAUGAGCAACUUUUUGGCCUCCACCACUAACCAGCAGGAAAUUUCCUCUUUGGAUGUUAAGAUCCAUGAAACCAUUGAGUCCAUCAACCAGCUGAAGACACAGCGAGAUUUCAUGCUAAGUUUCAGCAGCAAUCCUCAGGACUUUAUCCAAGAAUGGAUCAGAUCUCAGCAGAGAGAUUUGAAGAUCAUCACAGAUGUGGUUGGCAAUCCAGAAGAGGAAAGACGUGUUGAGUUUUAUGAGCAGCCGUGGAUGCAGGAAGCUGUUGGCAGACACAUUUUUGCCAAGGUUCAGCAGCGCAGACAAGAACUGGAACAAGUCCUUGGUGUUCGUCUUACUUAGUGUUGCCGUCUCCGCCAUCUCUUUCGCAUUUUGUGGUACUUUUGGAGUGGACUGACAAGCAGACUAUGCUUGUUGAAAAUCCUCUGUCCUUCACAGGAUGGGGGAUAUCUGCUGCCUGCCUCUGCUGCUUACUGUUGAUGGGGAGAAGGGGGGGAGGGCACUAUUUCAGGUAUUCACCUGAGAUUAUACAAGAGUUAAAGCCUUAUUUUACAGUGGUUAAUGAGGGCCCCCCCUAAUCAGAUCCCCACUCUUCCUGUGCGCUUUGCCUCUGGGACACUGGGAUAUAUAUAUGUAUAUAUAUUUUGUUUGAGUUGUCUUCUACCUCUUAGCUGAGCCUCAGCAGUUUUUCUUGCAAUGCAAGAAAGUUGCUGCUGCUGCUAUUGCUGCUCAAUGUUUAACCAAAGCUUUGUCCAUUCCGAAUUGCCAGUUCUGCUGGCAUAUAUUCUUUGCACUAUCUCUUUUUUGUAGGGAGCAGUUUGUAAACAUUUUUGUACCAAAAACAUUGUUUAAUAUGUACUGGGUUGGCUAUUUUGCACCCUAUGCAACUGGUGUGGUGGUGUCUUAAAGGAAUGGGGAUUUGCUCAGGCCUUAGCUGUUGAUGACAAUCAGUUUUUUUAUUACUUCCUGGACUUUCUUGUGUUUGUGAAAUUGUGAAGCUGGACACUGUGGACCAGUUGUGCUGUAGAGAGUCCAUUUGUUCUUCAGGAAACAUUACUGGGGCUACUAGUUAAAGGGAAACCAGUAACAUUUUCCUCAGUCUUCUUGGGGCCUCCCUCAAGUGCCUUCACUCCUCAAGGCCCUGACCUCUCAGCACUUAAUCUAGAUUAUUCCCUUCCCACUUUUUGGCCCUUCUGAGAUGUAUGUGGCCAAGUAGGAACUCAUGGAACAUUCAGUGAUUUCUGAGCAAAGAUGCUGUGUUACCUGUUUCUAUGUUAAAUGUUUUCUAAUAAAAAUAUUCUUAAACAUUA